AUGCCGGCUGCUGGUGGCCACCGCGCCGAGCGGGCGGAGAGGCCAGCCGGCCACCGCGUGGAGCGGGCCGAGAUGCAGGCCACCACCCACGCCGCGGAGCGGGCGGGCGAUACCCGGAGGACGGCGGCGGCGGAGAUGCCCGCACGGCGGACGACGGAGCGGAAGAAGAGCCUGGAGAGCUUCCUCGACGCCCCGGACAACGCGCGCGGGGGGCAGCAGCAGCACCAGCACCGCGGCAGCGGUGGCCAUGUUCCCGUGCGGCCGGUGCCGGCCCCGGGUGAGAAGGUGAUGAGCUUCCCCGGGCAGGGGCUGGAGUUCAAGGAGCUGUCCUACAGCGUCAUCAAGAAGCAGAAGAAGGACGGCGUCAAGGUCAAGAAGGAGGUGUACCUGCUCAACGACAUCUCCGGCCAGGCGCUCCGCGGCCAGGUCACGGCGAUCCUCGGCCCCAGCGGCGCCGGCAAGUCGACGUUCCUCGACGCGCUCGCCGGGAGGAUCGCCAGGGGGAGCCUCGAAGGGUCCGUCAGCGUCGACGGACGUCCGGUGACCACGAGCUACAUGAAGCAGAUUUCAUCCUACGUGAUGCAAGAUGACCAGCUGUUCCCGAUGCUCACGGUGCUGGAGACGCUGAGGUUCGCGGCCGAGGUCCGGCUGCCUCCAUCCCUCUCCAGGGAGGAGAAGCUGAAGCGGGUGUGGGAGCUCAUUGAGCAGCUGGGUUUGCAGACAACAGCUCACACGUACAUUGGGGACGAAGGGAUACGAGGCGUCUCUGGUGGGGAACGCCGCAGGGUGUCAAUUGGCAUAGACAUAAUCCAUAAACCAUCUCUGCUGUUUCUCGACGAACCGACCUCCGGUCUUGACUCCACUAGUGCACACAGUGUGGUGGAGAAAGUUAAGGAGAUUGCCAAAGGGGGAAGCAUUGUGCUGAUGACAAUUCACCAGCCAUCUUUCAGGAUUCAGAUGCUUCUCGACAGAAUUGUCAUCCUUGCAAGAGGAAGGUUAAUCUAUCUAGGCACUCCAAUAACACUUCCCACAUACCUUGCUGGAUUUGGUCGUCCAGUACCUGAUGGAGAGAACAGCAUUGAGUAUCUCCUGGAUGUCAUCAAGGAGUAUGAUGAAUCAACACUAGGACUUGAGCCUUUGGUUGCCUACCAGAGGGAUGGCAGCAAACCCAAUGAGGCGGCUAAAACUCCAAUACCAAAGACACCAAGAACACCACAUCAGAAGUCAGUGCAGUUCCGACAAAUCCAGCUCAAAAGCAACCAGUUCUCUGUCACAACUGCAACACCUCAUGCUCAUCCCUUCUCAAAUUACGAAUCCUACAAUAUUGAUGACGAGGAGGAAAAUUUUGACAACUCUCUUGAGAGGAAGACACAGACACCAUUGCAUACUGGAACCUCAACCUAUCAUCCAAGACUAGCUUCACAGUUCUACAAGGAUUUUUCAGUUUGGGUUUAUCAUGGUGUCACAGGGACACCAGUGUCCCAUCGUAAACCUACAUGGACCCCAGCUCGAACACCAGCUAGGACCCCGAUGUCAAGCUACCAGCGCAGUCGUGUGGCUACGCCACACCAUCAACCUCCUCCAUCACCCCAUGAGCCAGUUUUCAAGCCAGAGGAGCCAACCUAUCAUGAGUACCAGCUUGACCUUGAACCAUUAGAUGCCCCUGAGGAUGGUCCUAAGUUUGCUAAUCCAUGGCUCAGGGAGGUUGCUGUACUUUCAUGGCGUACUGCACUGAACGUAGUUCGCACACCAGAGCUAUUCCUCUCCCGGGAGAUUGUUCUCACAAUCAUGGCACUCAUCCUUUCAACACUCUUCCACCGCCUCAGCGAUGCAAACUUCACAACCAUCAACCGCCUCCUCAACUUCUACAUUUUUGCUGUCUGCCUUGUCUUCUUCUCCUCCAACGAUGCUGUUCCCACAUUUAUCCAAGAGCGCUUCAUCUUCAUCCGUGAGAGGUCCCAUAAUGCAUACCGUGCUUCAUCUUACGUGAUAUCCUCCCUUAUUGUCUAUCUCCCAUUCUUUGCUAUUCAGGGCUUCACCUUUGCGGUCAUCACAAAGUUCAUGCUUCAUUUACAAAGCAAUCUGGUGAAUUUCUGGAUCAUACUUUUUGCUUCUCUCAUAACAACUAAUGCCUAUGUAAUGUUGGUCAGUGCACUUGUUCCAAGCUACAUCACGGGAUAUGCUGUCGUUAUUGCGACAACAGCACUCUUCUUCCUCACUUGUGGGUUCUUCCUGAAGCGCACAAAGAUCCCUAUUGCCUGGAGGUGGCUCCACUAUAUCUCUGCGAUAAAGUAUCCAUUUGAGGCAUUGCUUGUGAAUGAGUUCAAAGGCAGUCGUUGUUAUGUUGGCACACAGAAUGAGCUUUCACCUGGACCUCUGGGACAAAUCAAGCCAAGUGACCUUCAUAUCAGCCUGAAUUUGAACUCGACAUCAACGACAUGUCCCCUGAUAGGCCAGGAUGUGCUCUCCACCAUGGAUAUAACAAUUGAUAACAUCUGGAUAGAUGUUGGAAUUCUCCUUGCUUGGGGUGUCCUCUAUAGACUUUUCUUCUAUGUGGUCCUGAGAUUCUACUCCAAGAAUGAGAGGAAGUAA